AUGGUUAAUUCUGGUAGAAAUCACUGUGCACGCUGGUAUUGGCAUGGUCAAAUUAUAACACAAAAUGAUCAAGGCAGCGCCGCUUUGUUAACAGAACAGCUAAAUACUGAACAACGUCUGCAAUUAAGAAUUGAUCAAGGGCACGAACUACCUGCUUUCUGGAAUUUAUUUAAAAGAAAAGCUAUUGUUUAUACAAGAAAAAUAAAUCAAACUCCAGAAACUUGGCGUUUGUUCAUGUUCCACGGAGCGAAUGUAAAUGAAUUCCAUUUAAUUGAAGUACCGUGUUCUACAAUACAAUUACAUAAUUAA